GGCAAUUUGGUCACCUCCGAGAGAACCCAGUCCAUGGCAUCCCUCUUGUCCGAGAAGGAAGUCAUGCAAAAGAUAGCAUUGGCAGAUUCAUUGGCCGAUCAGUUGAAUGAGGCGAACAGACAGAUCGAAGACCUGAGAGAGGCGAGGGAGAACAAGGACGCCCAAGACGAGGAAAAACGACUGGCUCUGGAGGAUCUGCAGUUUGACUACCAGGAGCAGAUCUGUGAGCACCAGGACAAGAUAGAACAGCUGCUAGUGGACCACGAACAGAUGGUCACGCAGGCGGAGGAUGAGAUACAACACCUGCAGCACAAACUCGACGAAAAGAGGGAGAAAGAGAAAGCGAAACUAGAUGAAGAAAUACAGAAGAUUGACAAACAAAUGCAGCAAGUGCAUGCCAAGAAGAAAACGGCAAAAACUAUGUUGGCCAGAUCUAAUCUGGAGAAGGAGGAAAUUGAAGUGAUGGGCAAGCUGAAAAAUUUGCGCGAGCGCGAAAAGAAACUGAAAGAAAGUCUUAAGUCAACUGAAAACCAAAUUCGUGAUAAGGAGAAAAAAGUGAACAAUAAAAAGAAGAAGUUUGAGGAAAAGUUGCUGAAGAUGCAAACUGAGCUGCACUCAAUUAAAGCACAGUAUCUAGACAGACAUAUGCGAACAUCAAUGACAGCCAAUUCUCUUCUCAGAGGACCGAGGUCAAAUUCAGCUUCUCAGCAAAAGGUCAAUAACCUUGACGAUGAUAUCACUGAUUUGGAAUCUGAAACAAUGGAAAUUGAAGGGCAAACUGUGCAAAUGAGGCAGACUAGAGGUCGAGCUAAUGACAGUACGGCACGACACGCAAUGUCGGGUCAAGUCGUGCCAAAGAGCACCUUCUCGCAACUUUUGGAGCGUCGGAAACGAGAAAGGGAGUCGGCUAACUUGGCGAAUGAAGCUGGUGGUCACAAUCACAAACAACAUCAACACGAAGCGAAAAGUUGUCAGAGCAAGAUGAUUAAUGUAGCCAUAGGCGAAGAUGAUGAAGGUAACCCGAUGUACUUAAAAAUAUCCCUCCGAGGCUCGCGUGAAAACAUCCAAGAGCCAGAUGACACUACAAAGCCCCCAAAACAAGCAGAGCAUAAAAGUCGCGCGCAGAGCAGAUCAAUCGCAAAAGAACGCGCCUUGUCUAUGGAUCUUGCCGACCUUCAAAAACUUACAAAUUUCCAGGAAAUCGACAUCAAAGAACCUGCAAAUCAGUACGAAUCUGGUGAAAAUUUACUGCAAAUGCCUUCAGAAAGCGGGCGGAAUAUCAUGCUGCAAAGGUUCAUGAACGACCUUGGAAGGGGUUCGGUUUCUGACGUUCGAAGCAACUUCGGUCAAAGCCAAGAAAAACUCUUAACUUCCAAUUCUGAAAUAAAUCUCAAAAUUGAGCGUCACUGCGAGGCUGGAGUUCACAUUGUUAGCCCAAACUCAUCGUGCGAAACUCUCAACCUCGAAAAACCUAUCAAGGCCAAAGUUGUUUACCACGAGAGUAAACUUAAAGUGGACAGUCAUCUACACAUAGUGGAACCCCUUAAUAUUGCAAGUGGAAAAGAUAAGUCGAAUCUCAAUUCAAGUCGUCGUUUCAGUGACUACGGUUCAGUGUCUAGUAUAACCCGCGGAACAUCCCCGACAACUUUCACUUCCGGAGAUAGUGUCUUGGGAAAGCAAGCACAUGACGAGAAAAAAGUGCUGAGACGAGUCAUCAAUGGGCCCAAUCAGGGAUUCAGGCCAAAUUCGCAAGUCCUGUCAGCUUACCCUGCAUUUAAUAGUGGACAAGAACGAAAGCCGAGGCCAAAAUCGCUCUAUUCUGCUCUUGAGUUUGACGACGAAAACCGAGAAAACGAGUGGGAUUUUCAGCCUCUCAGCUCGGCUCAGUCGGGCCAAAUACGAAGACCGUUUGAAGUCAAACAAGCCGAGGGUCACACCGCGAGAAUCGGACCUAAAGUGACUCUAACUGUGACACCUCAAGUAACUGUCACCGCGAUUCCAGGACACAUACUUGCGGAACGCCCACAUCUAGUGCCGCGACCUGGAGGUGACGCACAUUCACCCUCCGGAAGCUCCAAGUUUCUCAAAUUGCGUCGCGAGAUGCAGGAUAAGCAGCGGCAAAAACCGGCGGAUGUUUCACAAUCAAGUAUAAGGUCCUACAGCGUGAUUUCAAGUCGCGAAGAUUUGAAGGAGGCGAAUGAAAGUUACUUGCGAAGACGAUUGUACUCCAACCAGCCUUUUUUAGCGGAAGGCGCAAUCUCCAACGACUCCCCUGGCGAGCACGAAGUGUUAGUCGACUCGACCGAGAUGUGGGCGAACAAGGCGGCACGGCAGCAGCGAAGACUGCAGAGCAACAGCAGUGCCAACAGCCGACAACUCCUUCAUCACCCGCGUCAGCACGAGCUCAUAGAAAGUAGCACGCCAAAUCCACAUCCUCAUAAUAUGACGUCAUCAACAUCACAGAUGAUGAUGGCGUCACCACAAGACGAGGAGGGAGAGAAUGACUUGGAGAUUGCGCAAUUUGGAGACACCCAAUAUCAUGACUACCGCGUCAUCAGACGAGAACACGUGGUUGACCAAUCUACGCCUGAUGAAGAACCGACUCCUAGAUUCGUUAAAAGACGACUAAAUCCAAACCGAACGAACAAGUACGACAAAAAAAGGAUGUCAUGGCCGGUGAAUAAAGAAGAGAUGCUGGUAGCCGAAAUGGAAAGACAGCCUCUGUUCAUAAACAAUUAUCAGCAGUCGGAGGAAUAUGUGUUCCCACCUUCAGAGUUGACCGGGCCAGACUCAUUUUACGAGCAAAUUGUUAUCCAGGAACAAUUAUUUGAUAACGAGUCACAACAUCAGGAUGCGAAAUCUAAUCGGUGUGUGGAAAACAAUGGACUUGUGGUGAACAACCCGCCAAAGAUAUUUUAUCUUGGCCGAAAUGAAACUGAAUCGAGAACCGAGCUAACAACAGGAACUGAAACCGAAGCUUAUGACGACGAUCUGUUUUCAACUCAAGUUUACAUAGAAACUAAAAGCUUUGAUCCCAAUGAUGCGAAGGAUAAAACAAAUGCCCCAAACCGAAACAUUGAACCCGAGCAUUUUCGGUUUCCCUCCGUUGCGAAUCGCUCGGGACUCGAUUUGGGUCGUGAGUUUGAAGUGAGUCGGAGCGCAACAAACAGUCGAGGAGGAAGCAAUUUGAAUCUAUCGCGAGCCACGAGCGACGUUUUUUCAAAUCCCAGCGGCCGAAAUUUGAUUUCUGAGUCGGGUACUUAUCGUCACAUUGAAGAAGUUUUCACGACAGAGAGUAUCAUAACCAAAGGUCAGGAAAAGAAAACAAAAGCUGGGAAAAUACUUGGAAAAUGGAAACUGAUCAAGAAGAGGGAAAAAAUUGCUUCAGAUAACAGUGAGCAUUACUUAUCGACACUAGAAGCGUCUGUAACUCCGGGAAGUGGGAAAAAAAUAAAGUUUGAUAAAUCUCUCUCCGCUUCUCAAAACUCUAUCGGAAGUGUGAAAAAGUUGCGUAAUCAGGCAUCUUCGCCAGUUGAAUUCGACGACGGAAAAUCUAAAAGACGGAAGAAAGUUAGCUACAUUUCCAUUUCCCAUAACAAAGAGCCUUCGUUCACGCGACUCGAUGGAAGCAACGUUGAACAAAGUCCGAAAACCCCGUCUUCAACAAUAUCAACACAAACGCCCUGUACAGCUUCGACUCAAACCCAAAAAGAUGAGAACUCGGUUAAAACGACAGAACAACAUCUGAUAACUCAAAGACACAUUACCAGAAUUUCCAGUACUUCCAGACAUCGAAAAAGUGUGAAAAAUUCAAGUUCUGACUCCAGUCAUAGCGAAAGAAACACAAGUUCAAACUCGGAAGGAUUGUCAGAUGGUCGUAAAAAAUUUAAAAGGGGAAAGUAUAGAAAAUACAGUCGCGAAAAUCGAACUACGAAACGAGACAGGUACGGUCGAAAAAGUAAAGGUUCAAAACGGAAAGAGCGUGCGUCUAAAACGACUUCAACUUCUGGCAGUUCCAGUGAUACCAAAAAUGCGGGCAAAAGUCCGUCAAAAAAGUUGAAAGAUGCCAUGACGAACACUGUAAAUGAGAUCGGCAUUCAGACGGACGAAGUUAAGCAAUCGGUUGCCACGGUAACUGAUUUGAGGGAGGGCAGGAGUGAAGAAAUCGAUCUCCCUGGAGACAGAAGCAAUGAUUUCAACAUGCAAGAUUACCUAAAUGAGGUCGCAUUGAGCAGCGAAAGUGUACAAACUUUAACGUUUAAGUCCACUCCAGCUAGAUUUGAGGCUGAAAUUAAAUCCAAGGACCCACAAAUGCGAAACAGAACCGUGAGUUUAGAAAAUUUACCGACGACGCGGAGUGACGACCAGAAGCACACGAGGCCAGCAAGUCGGAAAAAAAUCUCAAAGCGACUUUUCGAAGACAAGAUUAAAAUUUAUGAGUUCAUGAUGUCUCUAGAUUCUGUGAAAGUGGAAGAGUAUCUGCAAAUGCUGCGGGUUGCAGGUACUUCAGGUGAUGUUUUGCAAGCGCUAUUGCAUGCAUUGCAACAGAAAAACCCAGAGUCUAUACCUAACGAAGUCAUGAGAUAUUUCGAUACAGAUUCGUGUGCAAACCAAACAAGUUCGGGUUUGAAAAGCGGUAAGAAAUGGUUUGAAAAGCGAGCAAAUGAAAACCCAUUGACAAGUUUGAGCUCUUUUGCAACUUUUGGAACUUAUCUGUCAAUAGCUGAAGACGUUUUGAACAAACAUCUCAGUGUUUCGGAAGCCGAAAAGGAACAGGUUUUAGAGGCGUUGCGCAAACAGGAUUCGAGUAUCCUACCAAAAUCUCUAGACCCAAUAAUUCUUAAAGAAAUUGAAAAUGCAGCAUCUGCACUUGUGCAAGACGAGCAAAUAAUUGAUAGUGACGACACUACAUCUAUACUCGAAAGCGAAAACAUGUCUGCAAGCGACUUGCGGAGGCCAGGAACCGCAAAUAACUCGACACCAAGUAACUUACUCUCCCAUGGUGGCAGCGAACAGAAUCCGAGUCGCGAAUCCAGUUCCCUAUCGCGGUCAUACGACCCAAAUCGCUCUCGCGAAUCUGCAGAUUAUAACCCAUCGGGACACGAUUUGAAAAUGAGUCGAAUUGAACGACUUAAACAGAGGUCGAUAACUGCGAGUGCCUUGGAUGCGUUUACUUCUCAUUCACCUGGUCAUUCGCCAAUCACUCCUCGUUUCGUUGAAGAUAAUAUACAAGAAUCACUCUUGAACAAAAACAACCAACUGGAGCAGACUCCGAGCCAUUUCCGAGAAACACCUGAACCAAGUGAUUCGCGUCGAACGUCCAACGCGUCUGAAGGCUUUGCUGAGAUUGUCGGAAAAAAUCUAAAUGGAACCUCGUCCGCAAACCGUGGAGCAGUGACGAGCACUCCGAUUGACCGAGAACUUUAUCGAUCUGCAAGCGACGACAGGCUUCACGAAACAUCACCACCAACAGUUGUACCUUUGUCAAACCUUGACGCUUCAAAACUGCCAGAAGAUGUUCAGAAUAAGUUAGCCGCGCAAAUUGUAGUAACUGCUGAUGCUGAAGAUCGUGACGCACUUCUGAGAAAGGCCGAGGCUCAAGAAAGUACUAUCACUAUGAUAUCGGCACUGGCUGAAAACGGAGACCCAAUAGAAAUUCGGGACUCUGUGGCGACUUUACUUAGCGAACCAGUGACAAAAGCCAUCUUAGUCGCAUCAGAUCCGAGUAGGUGUCAAGAAGCUUUGACUAAAAUUCCUAUCGCGAUUAUUGCGAAUGAGGAUACUUCGUGUGAAAAUUUCUCGGAAGAAAUCCGAAGUGAUGAGUCGCUGGCGAAACAAAUUAAAUCUGGAACAAAUUGCUCGGCUGUGAUUUUUGUGGCCGCCAACGCGUUAAUGAAUCUAAAUAAAGCGGAGAGAAACUUUUGGCUUGAAAAACUAGGUUUGUACGAUGUGAUUAAAAAUGAAAUAAAAGACGCCAUAGCUAGAGGCGACAUCGAUACACUAAGAAAGCUUUUGCCGGAAGACUGUGCUAAGUUUCUGCUUGAAAACCUUCCGGGAACUAAAGUGAAAAACAGCAUUUCAGAUGAAAUAAAGAGCGAAACUGAGAAUCCUUUGCAACAACAUAUGGUUAAGUUUGUCGCUCAAACACUGGUUGAAGAACCGUUGGAACUUACAACUGAAAUGCUUUCGACAAUUCUUGAAAUGGAUGAACUCACUGAGUCUGCGAUGCUCGAAGCGAUUAAUGAAAAGGACGAAGACCGACUACAAUCACUCCUGACCAAUGAAAUAAUCGAUGCAAUUGUCGGUGAAAUUAGUUCAGAAGCUCUGGUUGAAUCCCUCGCUAAUGAAGAAAAACUUAAUUCUAGAAAAAAAGGCGAACCGAAAAGUCCAAAAAACGCAGGCGAAUUUCAUUCAUCUCCGAACAUGAGCAAAAAGAAAAAGGAACAAAAUAAAAGACUUUUGAGCGGAACGGAACCUUCAGAGCCGUGCUUUACAGAUCCGUUGUCAGAAAGCACCGAAGAAAUGUCAAAGAGAGGUGGUCCAGAAAAAAGUCAAUCUAUGAUGACACCUCAAAGAAUAAUUGCCUCGCUACUCUUAGACUGGGAGGGCGAACAAAUUUUAGAAUUUGUUUCGGGAAUGGACCCCGAAAAACAAAACCAAGUUUUGGACGCAAUUACUGGCGGUGACGUUCAAGCGUUGUCUCGCCUCAUCGAAAAAGACCAAGCCGAUAAAAUUUUGAAAGAUUUCAACCUUGACAUAAUACCAGUUAUUGAAAAAGCCCAAGAAAGAUUUAAAGAUCCUGAAAAACUUCUGGAACACGAAAGUGUCCAAGAAACGCAAAAUGUUCUUAAUACUUUAGUCGAAACAUUCAAGAAUGACAAAGAAAACUUGAAAGACAUAUUAGCCCGACUUGACGUUGGGUUAGCUACAAAAAUGUUCGAUGCACUGAAUAGUGGCGAUCUAAUUGCAGCCAAAGCGUUACUGAUUUCUGCUGCGAAAGCAAAUGCAAAAUCUAACUUAAGUAAGCAUCAAGCACUUUCCGAUUCGGCCAUUGCAUUGAGCUGCCGACCGCGUAGACUUUCGGAUACUCUUUUUUCGAAGAGCGAGAGCGAAUUAACCAUGAAACCAAAAGUCGCAAAUUCAGUCAGCAAAGAAGUUCUGGGCGACUUUUACGAGGAAGCUCAAAAGUUAGGUUCUCAAUCCAGAAUUGUGUAUCUCAACGUGGAAGAAACAGUAAACAAGCCAACAGAAUCAGGUCCAAUGCAAAACGAGGAAACUAGUUCGGAGCCAGUAGAUUUAGACAUACCGGAUGAAUUGGCCGGUAUUCUUGAAAAAUAUGUUCACCCCGAUGACGUAUUUGGACUUUAUGAUGCCUAUUUACACAAUCCUGCCUUGAUAGCCGAAAACCUCCCAGCCGAAGAUGUUGAAAAAUUAUACGAAGACAUCAGUGCAUAUGACGAUAGAAGAGAGCAAAAGUUGGCCGAUUUGCUCAAUGUAGCUGCAGACACUUUGAAAUCUCUUUUCCCACAAGAAAUGGACGACUUAGUGGAAAAAAUGCAGCAAUCGAUGCCUGAACCUGACGACGUGACUACUUUUUGCGAUCACGUCAAAAACGGAGAAUUUGAAGAAGCUGCAAAGUACUUGCCGAAAGAUAUCUUAGAAGAAAUGAUGGAUCAUAAUCAGAGUUUGCUUGCUGAACAAACAACAAGCGAUACGUCCCGUAGAACAGUUCCGGUGAUAGAAGAAGAAAGUGAAGAAUGUUCCGACGAGGGGGAAGCAGCAAACCCGUUGGGUAUUCUGAAAAAAGACGAACCGACAAGCGUCUUGAUAAAAAAUCCUCAUCAAGUGAAGUUUGCAUCCGAAGUUUUGGAGUUCAAUUUGACAAAUCAAACGUUUGAAUCUACCAAUUCCUCUAAAGAUAGCUUGAUUGUAGGAGAACCAACUCCUAAUUAUGACAGAGAAAUUGCUCAUGGAGACGCUGAGACUGGCUUGCAUGGACCUUCGGCAGGGCCGAAAGAUGAUAAAGAGUUUGAGGAGAUUGCUGAGAGAAUAGCCGAGUUGGAGGCAAGAAUGACACAUAUCGGUGACAAAGAUCCUACACAAAUUGAGAGCGCUAGUCCACGAAUUCCAUCAAAUGCUGGUCAAAUGUCACCCGAAAACACCAAAGAUGAUAACACAACGCGAAAUAAUUCGAAACCGAGAAAAUCGAGGCAAUUGGGUGACAUAGAAGACGGCGACAUCAUCCCUCAGUCACUAGAUACGAGAUCUGUGCAAGAGAUACCACUCGACCAGUUUGAAGGAGACUCGGAAACUGAUCCGAAUAUUCUUGACGAUAAUGAGGAAAACAAACAAAAGGACGAGAGAGACAGAGAGAGGUCCAAUGUGCUGCGAGACAUUGACCAAUGGCAAACAGGGCAAGAAAGCAAAAUGACACCAGCUUCUAUGAACAUCAGAAAGAACGAGCUGCCUCGGCUGGAGACUGCGAACGAGAAUAAACCUUCACCUUCCUUGACCUCACCUCGUUCACCGACAACGUCAAAAAUACCGAAACUUAAAAACCCACCGACGAGUGGAGAGGGAUCGCCGAGACAGUUGAGUAGUGAGAGAAAGUAUUCACCGAGAAAUGAAAGUGGAAAAUUAAAUCCUAAGACAAGCACAAGUCCCGAUGCCAACAAAUCUUCAAAGCCGCAUACUGGGAACGAAGACCCGCCAAUAACUAAUAUAAAAACCAGUACCUCAAAAACACCAAAAAGCAGUUCACAAGAUGAACCUUCAAAACCGAAUAGUAAAAUCUCAGACGAACCGUCAAAAGUCCCACUUUUCGUGAAAAACUCAAAGCCUCUUCAAAGAAUAGAUUCAAAAAUAAACGAAGAUUUGAUUCCCUCGGAGUCAAAAGGGCAAACUGAAGCCGAAAAUGACUUGAACUUUGACGAGUUCCGAGAAGAUAAAGAUUCGAAUAGGAAUACACCGGAAAACAAAGACAGGCAUUCAUCGCCAAACAGCUCAAUUGAUCUAUCGCUUGAAGUGCAAAGUGUUUCCGAGAAAAAAGAGUGCCACGAUAAUCAGGAAAGCCAAAAAGGAGUUGAACGGCCGGAAAAAACUAAUGAAACUUGCCGACCGUUGAGCUCUGAUUCAAGUCAAAAUAAUACUCCGAGGAAAGAAAAAGAUCCAAGAUGGGAUCCAAAAAAUAGACCAGGGCGGGAUUCCAAACCGAAAUCUCUAACUUCGUCUUCUAUAAAUACUCCAGUGAACGAACAAACUUUUGAUUUGGAACAAAGAAAAAAUCCAGACUCGAAACUAGUUAUCGAUCCUGACAAAAAGUAUCAAGAUUUUUUGGAUAAAAUUUUGAAUCCAGAUAAUCAAAAAGAACAAGAAUUAUCAUCCAAAGCCGAUUUCCAAAACCCAAUAGAUGCCGAAAAAGAAUCAAAAAAUUUGGAUACAUUUAAAUCCAAAAAGCCCAACUUUGUGAAUGCUGAAAAGUUCGACGAUAACAUCAGUGAUUUGUGGCCUGAAGGAAAACCACGAAAAGAUGAUGGCUAUAUAAUUGUUAAGGAUGCGCCUGCCAGACAGACAGUUGCAGGAAAAACUGCAUCGCUGAAAAACACUCAAAAGGCAACAAGAAUUGGAAAUCAACUACAAGCUGCAAAAAUUGAAAACAACGAGACGUCAAAAUGCGAACUGGUACACACUUUAAUUGCAAAUCCGAAUAACACAAAUGAGCUGAUUGAGAAUCCGGAUCUGAAAAUACCCAUCGAGGAAGAGGACUUAAUUCCAAUGACGAGGUCAACUAAUCAAGAAAAAGAACCAGGCCUAGGAUUCAUGGACUCAGAUGAUGUUCAUGCGAAGCCCGGAGACGACAAGUUACCGAUCGGAGAUAUUCAGAAACCACGACUGUCAGGGUUUUCCGAAACACCGACGUUUGAGAAUUUUCUUCGAACUAGCUCGAGUUCGCCUCCGAGUACCGAUCCACUACCCUUCGUCGAUGAGAUAAGAAGCCCGUUUGGGAAUGACGUCACAAAGAGAAAGACAAAAGAUGAUGAUCGAUCUCCAAAUUGGCCAACAUUUUCUAAUACACCCGAUUACUUAGAGGAGAGAAAUAACCCACACACUCCAACUUACGGUUGGACUGUCCCAAACACUUCAAACUAUGGUUAUCCCACCUCUGUAACGGAAUACCCAAAUAUUCCAUACCAGCGACCGUUCGAAGACACAGUAAGAACAAGUUCGCCAGACAACUCGCAGAAAAACACAUUGCAAGCAGGGCCUUCUAAUUUUCCAUCCAGAUUUUUGACAAAUUCAAAACAGAGACCAGAAACAACUGAAAGAAGCUCGCAAAUUGAUCUCAAUUCAACCCCUGUUGAAAGCGUGUCUUCACAAACUCAACCGCAGCAAAUCAACUUGAACAUUGAUGUUAACGUUCGUAAUAACAACGAGCCAAAAUACGAUUAUAACCACGACUUUAGACCAAGCUACUCUUCAGGCACACAGAACCAAACAGAUUUUCGGGCUCUAUCUCCAAUCAAUAGAGAGUUCAGAAAAACGAAAGAGACUCAAACUUUUGUUGAUGAAAAUUUGAACAGUUCUCAGUUGGCACCUCAGUUUUCAGACAGUAACAGUCAAAAUCAAUCUAGAGAAGGUGACAGCAUGUAUUUGAUUGAGUAUAGAUAUCUUCCUGGAGUUCAAAAUGACCCCACGAUUGAAGACUUGGAAAUGAAAUGCAGCAAGGCUCUUGGCGAAACCAACGGGUUGCUUACAGCAGCGGACCAAAUUUCGCCUCCCGGAACGCCCAAACGGUAUUCUCCAAGUGAGAGAAAACCGAGAAGCAACAUAAUUUCAAUAUCAGCAACUUCAAGUGUCAGAAAUACAUUUAUAAGCCGACAGAGAACUGAAACUGAUGUUGACGAAACGAGAAGGUUCAGUUCGUUGCCGAGAAACGGAAUUCGAAGCAGUACGAAUCCCAUGACUGCAAGAUACCAGGCACUUUAUCCGAAUCUGCUCAACUCAAGUAACAGCGAUUGUGAUUCAGAGAAUUGCCGAACCUCUCAACUGAAUUUGGCAAACAGCAUACGGAAUUUAAAAAUCUCCGCAAAUAAAGCUUUACUGGACCAAAAGACUGGAAACCGCGUUGGACUUGAUGCGUCUCCAAGAAUUCCUUCGGAGCCUGUUUAUACAUUGUCAGAGUUCAAACUAUCCCGGGACAAUUUAGAUCACGACAAUUUGACUUGUCAAUGCUACGAUUCUGCAACAACUUUUGCAGCUAAUCGCUCAUUCAAUUCGGAGAAUCUGACAGUUCCUGGAAGACCAAUGCACGCUGACUCCAACCCGCGCUUAAAUGACUUCAAUUUACAGAGCACAAAAGCUACAAAUACUUAUCAAAAUGGCAACUUGUAUCAUAGCACGUAUCGAACAUCAGCACAUCAUACUGACCACCAAAACGGGAUCUGUACUUGCGAAGAUGACUAUAAUUUGCGCAAUCAUGCUUUUUCCAACAACUCCAAUUUGCUCAAUGGUUAUUACCCAGAAUACAACACAAACAGUCAAGACUACUUUUUCCGGUCAAGGCUCACUAAGACACCGUAUUACAGACAGUCUAAUGAUCCCUGCUGUAGAUGUGUAUGUGAGGAUCAUGAUGAUGAUGAUGAUGGAAACUGUUACGGACAACAAUGUCCCAUGUGUGUACUUGAAAGGAGUUUCACUAUCAGAAAUGGCUCUUACCUUGACCCUUGAGAAACAAUACGACUGGGUUGGGCUCUAUAAGAUUCUUGACUAUGGAGAACUUUUAGUACUUUUUUAUUAAAUGUAUGAAGAAUAAUGCAUGUUGUUUGCAAAUUUAGCUUUUCAAAAUUGAUAAAUAACAAUUAUUAAAAGGCGAUUAAUGUAUAGCAAUUAAUUAAUUGAUUUUUUGUUAGUGA